AUGCUUGAAGUUAGACAUAUCAUUCUAGUUGGAAAUACUGGAGCAGGAAAGUCAUCUGUUGGAAACGUGAUCUUAGGAAAAGAAGUUUUUGAAACUUCAGAAUCAUCAAGAGCAUGUACAAAAGAACCAGAAAAGAGAAUCGAAAACAUUGGUGGACGAGGACUUACAGUUAUUGAUACCGAAGGAUUCAAUGAUGAUCAGAACGAUUCAAACGAACAGAUCCAAAAACUUGGUAAAUUUAUGCGCGAAAAGAUCAAAGGAGUCAAUGUUGUUGCUAUUGUUAUCCCAUUUCGCAAUGCAAGAUUUUCACAGAGUGUCAUUGACACAAUCAAAUUAAUUUAUGAUAUUUUCCAAACUGAUGAAAUAAUUGAUCAUUUGUGCAUCAUUUUUACAUUUUAUCGUUCUAAUUUCGAUAAGAAUCUCAAGGAAACAAAUUUCAAUGAUGAAGUCAGAAAUUACUUGAAAGAGAUUUCGAAGAAAGAAAAUAUUCCGAAGAUUCCUAUGUUCUAUCUCGAAACAAGAAAGAAGGACAUGAAAAUCAUGGUUGAUGAAACGAAUAAGUUGCGUCAGUUCAUAUUCACGAAAACAUUAGUUGAAACUAAGAAUGUCAGAGAUGCCAAAUAUGGAUUCACAGAAAAAAUUGAAUAUGAGCGACAUGUUUCACAAGGUCAAUAUCAAUCAGAUGAUAACACGUAUGAGAGAUUCAUUGAUCGACAGAGAGUAAUGAGAAUUCCUAACAAUGGAAAACCUCCGACAUAUGGAGAAUGGCAAACGACAAGCACAUAUUCCGAACCUAUCAUUGAGAAAAAAAAAGAAAUAUUUUGA